GUGUGGGCUCUCGGCUGUGACAGCCGGGUGCCCAGUGCGCAUGCACGAGAAGCGCUGCGCUUUGUCAGCAGUCUCUUAGUCAUCCCCUGUACUGUCUGCAGUCUCUGGUCAUCUCCCGUACUGUCUGCAGUCUCUGGUCAUCUCCUGUACUGUCUGCAGUCUCUGGUCAUCCCCUGUACUGUCUGCAGUCUCCGGUCAUCCCCUGCACUGUCCACAGUCUCUGGUCAUUUCCUGCACCAUGUCUGCAGUCUCUGGUAAUCCCCUGCACUGUCUGCAGUCUCUUGAUCAUCCCCUGCACUGUCUGCAGUCUCUUGGUCAUCCCCUGUACUGUCCGCAGUCUCUUGGUCAUCCCCUAUACUGUCCACAGUCUCUUGGUCAUCCCCUAUACUGUCCGCAGUCUCUUGGUUAUCCCCUAUACUGUCCGCAGUCUCUUGCUCAUCCCCUAUACUGUCCGCAAUCUCUGGUCAUCCCCUGUAAUAUGUCCGCAGUCUCUGGUCAUCUCCUGUAGUAUGUCCGCAGUC